GGUCUUGUGAGUGGCUGAAGAUGGUGAUCGGCACUCCGAUCCUUGUCGAUCUUACCGGCCGGGAGUCAUCUCGCGAUCCCCACUGCCGUCGUUCAACGUAUAACUAUUUUACGACAUGGCAAAACCACAUGUCGACUAUUCGUUGUAUCUUGUCACCGGUCGUGACUUGCUACCUCCAGGAAAAGACUACUUCGAAUCGCUGGAAGAGUCCAUCCGUGGUGGAGUCACUCUCGUCCAAAUACGAGAAAAGGCAACGGACACUGGCAAGUUCCUCGAAAUCGCCCGCCGAUCCCUAGAAAUAUGUCAUAAAUACUCCGUCCCCCUACUCAUCAAUGACCGCAUCGACAUCGCCCUCGCUAUCGGCGCCGAUGGCGUGCAUCUCGGUCAGGCCGACAUGCCAAUCGACAUCGCCCGUUCCCUCCUCCCUCCAAACAGCAUCAUCGGUAAAACGUGUAAUAACUCAGAACAUGUCAGACAAGCUGUAGAGGAAGGUGUAGAUUAUGUUGGCUUGGGUCCCGUUUGGGGUACCAAGACUAAGGAUGUGACGGCUCCGACGACGGGCCCGAGGGGAAUUGGGACGAUGUUGGAUGAGUUGGAGGGUUCAGACGUCAAAGCUGUUGCAAUAGCCGGGAUCAAGUCCACUAACGUCCUGCACUGUCUUCACGGCUCCGUCUCUCCCGCUUCGAACCGCUCUCUAGAUGGCGUCGCUGUCGUCAGUGAUAUCGUCGCAUCCAUUGAUCCGUUCACAGCCGCAAGCAAGAUAGUCACCAUCGUAAAGGCGUUCAAACGCGCGAGAUCAGAGCAGACGCACAUAUUUUCUAAUCCACUGCUCGGAGACUUGAGCGUCGAGUACGACGCGGAGAGUGUAAAGAAGGCUGUCGGAAAGGCGUUGAAUGAUAUCAAGGAAUUUGGGCCUUUGGUUCAUCAGAUCACUAACAAUGUCGUGACCACUCAAUCCGCAAAUGCCACUCUGGCUUUGGGAGGUUCGCCUAUCAUGGCUACCGCUCCUGAAGAGAUGGAAGACCUUAGUAAAGUCACCGGUGCGCUUCUCGUCAACUUUGGCACCAUCCAGAGCUUGGCUGGUAUGCUCGCUGCCGGCCGAAACGCAAAUAUCAACAGGAAACCAAUCGUGUUUGACCCUGUUGGGGUAGGUGCGACCCAGUAUCGUAAAACAUGCGCUCAAGAGCUACUCAAUGAAUGGCAAGCAACCGUCAUCAAAGGAAACGCAGGCGAGCUUGCUGCGUUGGCUAACUCCAACGAAGUCCAGGCAAGAGGAGUGGAUAGUGUCGGGAACGGGUUCGCUGAUCCUGCUGAGUUUGUCCGGAGUCUUGCAAGAAAAGAACGCUGCAUAAUCGCACUGACCGGUACCACCGACUAUAUCUCCGACGGCUACAUCGUCCUCAAACUCUCCAACGGACACCCACUUUUGGGCGAGAUCACGGGUUCUGGGUGUAUGGUAGGCACUUGUGUGGCGACGUUUUGUGCUGGUGUCAGUUUGCGAGAACACGCCGAGCGUGUGGGAGGAGAGGAUGACGGGAGGUUAGCAAGAGGUGAUAUGUUGAUUGCUGCUGCUGGAGGGGUUUUAGCACUGACUAUAGCUUCGGAAUUCGCUGCGGCUAGGGAAGACGUCAAAGGCAGUGGGACGUUCCUCCCUGCCCUUAUCGACGAGCUCGGGAAACUUACGCCCGAGAAAAUGGAAAAGGCAGCAAAAGUUGAAGUCCUAUAGACACGUUUCGGUAGAAAUACACUAGCUAUAUGUACAAAUCCAAUCUAGAACCUACAUGGUACAAUUUCAAACUACAUCAACUUGGAUACGAGGAAUGUCACACUUCCUCC